AUGGCACAGCCUGGAAAUCGCAAGGCGGGUAACCGCCGCCGUUCCAGCGGAGAGCAGGCGGUAAUUGUCGGAGUGCUGCUGACGCUGAUCUUUCUCGUUUACAACGGACGGUUUCCGUCUAUUUUUCCGUCCCGCAAGAGCACCCUGUAUGACAACCUCAGCGCCACGGCACUGCGCAAACUCCAGGCGGAGGAUGCGGCGCUCCUCGCGCCGGAAGAACCGGAGAGCGAGGGAGAGAUCCAGACAGCAUCUGACGCCGACGAGGGGCCUUACUACAUGGAACCGCGGGUCAAAGACUGGGACGAGCAGCGGAGCGCGUACAUCGCGGCGCACCCGGGGUGCAACGCGACGCGCGACGGCAAGCCCAAGGUGAUGCUGGUCUCGGGCUCCAACAGCAAGCGGUGCGGCGAGGGCCCCAACAGCGGCGACUUCCUACUGCUCAAAUUCCUCAAGAACAAGCAGGACUACGCGCGGCUGAACGACGUUCCGUUCUACUACGGCAUGGGCGCCAUUGACCCGCGGCUCAAGACGUUCUGGGUGAAGCUGCCCAUGCUGCGCAUGCUCAUGCUGCUACACCCCGACGUGGAGUGGUUCUUCUGGGUCGACUCGGACGCCAUGAUCACCGACAUGGCGUUCCGGUACCCCAUAGAGAAGCAGGCGGAUAAGGUGCUCGUCCUGUCGGGGCUGGACGCUGACGUGUACGGCAAGAAGGACUGGUUGGGGCUCAACACGGGAAGCUUCCUCAUCCGCAACUCACAGGAGGGGCUGGACUUUCUGGACGACUGGGGGCAGUACGGGCGGUCGGAGAAGGUCACUGUCAAGUGGGGCGAGAUCGCCAGCCGCGUGCUCCAGAAACGCAAGAACUGGCCGGCGGACGACCAGACGGCGCUGGUGCUGAUGCUGACGGGCGAGGGCGAGAGGGAGGAGGACAAGGCCAAGGGCCUCAAGCCGCUGGCGGACCGAUGGGCUGCACGCACGCACCUCGACCCCACUUAUACCCUGCAUGGCUUCUGGGGAAUAUUCGUUGACAAGCUGGAGGCAAUAGCAGCGCAGCACCACAAUGGGGUGGGCGACUGGGAGUGGCCCUUCACGGUGCACUUCACGGGGUGCAAGCUGUGCGACCGCAAGUUCUCUGAUUAUGACCCUGAUACCUGCGACCGCGGCAUUCACCGGGCAUAUGCCUUUGCAGACAACCAGGUGCUCAAGAGCGAGAAGCGGCGAUCAGAUAGUGACGAGGAGGAUGAAGAGGAUGAGAGGGGGAGAGGACGCGGAAACCGCGACAGCGGGAGAGGCGGGAGAGACAGUCGCAGCGGUGUUGGCGGGAGGCGGAGGAGGGGGAGCGAAUCCGCGAGUGAGAGCGAUUCAGAGGCGGCGGAGGAGCGGAAGAGGGGGCGGCGGAGAGGAGGGGAGGAGGAGAAGGGUGAGGGGCGAGGGGGAAAGGAGGGCGGUCGGAGAGGGCGUGUACGGCGUAGCGGGAGCGACAGUAGCGAGGAUGAGGCGAAGGAGAGGAGGCGGAGCAGGCACCAAGAGGAGGAGGAGGAGGAGAAACGAGCGGGGAAAACGGCAAGGGCGGAGAGGGCGGAGAGGGCGGAGAGAUCCGCGCGGGCCAGCGCGGGUUCUUCCGCCAAACCAGCGCGCGCCCCGCCAGUGAUGGAUGCCGCAGCGCUGGCAGCAGACGCUGCGCGCGCUGCUGCUGGCUUUGGCCCUUCCGCUGCUCCCCCUCCCCUUCCCCCUCCCCCGCCCGCUUUCGCCCCCCCCGUGCUUCCCCCUCCUCCGCCCCCUCCGCACUACCCCUUCUCCGCGCCCCCCCCUCCCCCGCUUGGCGGGCCCCCUGUGCGCGCCACCCCACAUGCGAGCGGAAAUGGGGCGGCUGCAGGGGAGCGGGUGAUUGCUGACGUGGACAGGUCGGCGGCAGGGGGGAGAGUGCUUGCUGACGUGGACCCUGAGACGCUUCAGGCCAUGGAAGCAACGCAGAGGGCUCUUGAGGCGAAGGAGGGGGAGAAGAAGAAGGUGAGGGGUAGUAGAUCAAAGUGA